ACACUUUGCUUCCUAUUGUUCUUUUUUUCUUUUUUUUUUUUUUUCUUUUUUUUUCUUUCUCCGUUUUUUUCCUUUUGCUGCUUCUUCCAUUGAACGAUGGCUCGUCUGCUGCCGUCUUCGCCUCAGCCGCUGUCGCCUCAGCCGCCGCCGUCCCUUGCGCGGAUUGACGUGCGCAUCACUGGCAUGACGUGCGCGUCCUGCGUCAACGCCAUCGAGUCAGGCGUCCUCGAGCUCGGCUUGGCUGCGGCGGGCGCGACCUCGAAGACGGCUGAAACGGCCAUCCCGUCCGCUUCCGUGGCAUUGGCGACUUCGCGCGGCACGUUCACGUACGACCCCAGCCGCGUCAAGCACACAGACAUAGUAGACAAGAUCAACGACAUGGGAUUCGAGGCUGAGGCCAUUGGCGGCCCAGUGCCCCUGCGCAACAACCAAUUCAAUGCGCCAACGGACGCCGCUGCUGGUACAGGGGUCGCCGGUGCAACCAGUGCACACCCAUCCUCCACCAGCACAAAACCCCAUUCCAGCCAUGUCCCCGUGCUCGACGCGUCGGCGUCGGUCGAAAUCGCCAUCGUCGGCAUGACUUGCUCGUCGUGCGUCAAUACGAUCGAAUCCAACUUGAUGGACAACCCAAAGGGCGUCACAUUCGCCACAGUGUCGCUCGCGACCAACAAGGGCCGCUUUGAUUACAACCCAGACCUGACGGGCCCGCGCGACAUUAUCGCUGCGAUUGAAGACCUCGGAUUCGAGGCCUCGUUGGUAGACUCAAAGGCUUCGGACGAAACCACCCGUGAAAUGCUCAGCCACGAGUCGGAAGUCCGCACUUGGCGCCGACGCAUCUUUAUUUGCCUGGUCUUUUCGCUUCCGGCCAUGAUCUGCAUGAUCAUUCUGACACGCAUCCCGGAAACAAACGCAAAGCUCAUGAUGCAACCAAUCCCCGGUCUCUCGUGGAUGAAUGCACUGAUGAUCACGUUUGCCUUCCCGCUCCAAGUGCUGGUCGGGCGGCACUUCUACCGCUCGGCGUUCGGCGCCCUCCUCCACAAAUCCGCCAACAUGGAUGUGCUCAUUGUCCUUGGCACCACGCUUGCACUGCUGUACUCGCUGUUUGUCGUGGCGAUUGCCAUCUUUUCGGGCAUCAUGGCCUCGAGCGACUCCAUGGCUUCCCCCAUGCUGACCGAGCCACACACCUUCUUUGAAGCCGCGCCCAUGCUGCUCACCUUUGUGUGCAUUGGUCGGUACAUUGAAAACAAGGCCAAGGGCCGGACGUCGUCCGCCCUCGCAAAGCUACUGACGCUCAAGGCCACCACGGCCACGCUGCUGACGCUCGACCCCGCGUCUGGCCAUGUCACCUCGGAAAAGGCCAUCCAUCCCGACUUGGUCCAGCGUGGCGACUUGCUCAAGAUUGUCGCAGGCGAGCGCAUCCCCGUCGACGGCACGGUCGAAAGCGGUCGCGCGUUUGUCGACGAAAGCAUGCUGACUGGCGAGUCGAUUCCAGUCACCAAGAACGAGGGCAGCACCCUCUUCGGCGGUACCAUGCUCCAGAGCGGCACGUUGCGCAUGCGUGCCACCAAUGUCGGCCAGGAUACUGCGCUGUCCAAGAUUGCGCGUCUCGUCGAGCAGGCGCAAAUGUCCAAGCCGCCAAUCCAGCAACUCGCGGAUCGCCUUGCUGGCCGCUUUGUGCCCUUUAUCGUGUGCCUCUCCAUUGUCACAUUCUUUGUGUGGCUCAUCCUGUGUCUCUGCAAGGCGGUACAGCCCACGGAUGACAUGACGGAUGUCGGCUUUGCGCUGCUGUUUGCCAUCUCCACUCUGGUGAUUGCCUGCCCGUGUGCGCUCGGCCUCGCAACGCCCACCGCCGUCAUGGUGGGCACUGGCGUCGGCGCCACGCUUGGCAUCUUGAUCAAGGGCGGAAGUGCGCUCGAACUCGCCGCCAAGGUCGACUCGGUCGUGUUCGACAAGACGGGCACCCUCACCACCGGCGUCCUCAGUGUUUCUCGCGUCGAGAUGCUCGUCCCAGAGUCCCAGUGCUCACAGCGAGAACUUCUCGAGCUGGCGGGCCUCGCCGAGGCAGACAGCGAGCAUUCCAUUGCCGUUGCCAUUGUCAAGCAUGCCCGCGAAAUGACCAACCUUCCGCUCUUGUCUGGCAGUGCAUCCGAGUUUGAGAUGGUUCCUGGACUCGGAGUCAAGUGUCGCGUGACGCCGUCUCGGCCCAUCGCCGUCUCAGCCGUCAAGCCGCAGCAGCAGCAGCAGCAUCAGCAGCAGUUCGCCAAGACCUUGAGUGCAAAUCUUGUGCUGGUUGGCAACCGCGCCUGGAUGGCUCAGAACGGCAUCUUUGUGACCCCCACUGCCGAAGAUCACAUGGCUGCCUUUGAGCGGCAGGGCAAAACGGCUGUUCUGGUCGCUGCUGACGAGAUUCUGGUCGGCAUUCUCGUCGUCCACGACGGCAUUCGUCCAGAGGCGCCAGCAGCCAUCGAGGCGCUGCGUCGAAUGAAGGUUGAGGUGUGCAUGAUCACGGGUGACAACCAUCGCACUGCCAAGAACAUUGCGGCACGCGUCGGCAUCACCAAGGUCUGGGCGGAGGCGCUGCCAGCCUCCAAGGCGGAGCUCGUCCGCCGCUUGCAGCAGCAGGGCCGCUCUGUGGCCAUGGUCGGCGACGGUAUCAACGACUCUCCCGCGCUUGCUCAAGCAGAUGUCGGUAUCGCCAUCGGACACGGCACGGACAUUGCCAUCGAAGCAGCCGACAUUGUGCUGGUUCGCAACAACAUUGCUGACGUGUCGGUGGCGCUUUCGCUUUCCCGCAUCACCCUGCGUCGCAUCUGGCUGAACUUUGGCUGGGCGCUGGUGUACAACAUGCUUUGUGUUCCCAUUGCGGCUGGUGCGCUUAUGCCGCUCGGCUUUUGGCUCCAUCCCGUGUACGCCUCGGCGGCCAUGGCACUGUCAUCAAGCUCGGUUGUCUUGUCGUCGCUCAUGCUUCGCACCUUCAAGCGCCCUGCAUUCGCGGCCGACGACGUGGACUACCGCGAGAGCGACUCGUGGGAUGCGCUGGAGGCGCUUGGCCCUGCGACGGACGACGACUUUGACGACACCGAUGACGAAUCUGGCAGCCCUGCACCCAAGCGGAUGGAGCGCAUGUCUUGGCGCACUCUUUGGCGGGACGGUGUUCUUGUUGGCGUUGUCUCCCUCCUGGUGUUUGGCUGCUUCUUUGCCAUCGAUCUGCCUCUGCGGGUGACGCGAUGGACCUGUGGCACCACCUGGCGCUUCCCAUCCGAGUCCAACAGCCCGCGCUCGUAUGCCAUCCGUCGCAAGGUGGCGCGCCGCACAAAGAAUGGCUUCUCGGCCCUCAAGACGGAAGACGACGACGAGAACGACGAGGCCGUUGUUGUCAACUCUGACUCGAGCACCAAACUCCGCCGUCGCGUUGUCGACCAGCAGGGCGGUGAUUCGGACGACGAAGACACGGCGUGGAUGAACGACAAGGGCAAGAAAAAUAAGCAAAGCCAGCUCCAGCUCAAGUCCUUUGGCAAAAAGCGCUCCGCUUCCCGAAGUGCCUCUGCGUCCUCCCUGUUGGAAAAGACCAGCGACGACGAUGAUGAUGACGACGAUGCGGAUGAGAGUGUUUUGUUUAGUGUCAAUGUGCGGCGAUAACUUUGGGGAAUUUCUGCUUGGUGCUCCUUUAUUUUUUUUUGUUCGCGCUCUGCUGGCUCGGAGCUGAGGACGAGGGAGAUAACUUGUGGAAGCCUGUUUGUGCCCCUUCACCUAUGCACUCUUUUUGUUUCCUUCUCACCAAUCUUUCUUUUUCGAGACUUUUUUUUUUUUCUUUUUUUUUCCUCCUUAUUUUUCUUUAAAUUUUUAUGGUUUCUCUUGCCCAUUACUUUUCAAACAAUAAACAAGGUUUACAGC